AGAAAAGAAUACCUUGUAAUUGAAGGUAUCUUUACGUAGUUUCUUCAGCACCAAUCAAAGUCUUAUCUUCAACCUUUGAAAACCCUGAUCUCCAUUUCCGGACCUCCUCUCUCUAAUUUGCAAAUCCAGUAGGGAUUUUCGCUAAUGGGUUCUGAAACCUUGACUCUAUCGCCGCCUCUAGCUCUAACGAAGCCCGUUGCCGCCGCCACAGCAGCAGCAGCAGCCGCCGCCCCAACAGCACUAGCUCCAGGGUUUCGGUUCCAUCCGACCGACGAAGAGCUCGUUAUUUACUACCUCAAGCGCAAGGUCUGUGGAAAAUCCUUCCGUUUCAAUGCUAUUUCUGAGGUCGAUAUUUACAAGAGUGAGCCGUGGGACCUUGCAGGAAAGUCAAGGUUGAAGAGCAGGGACCAAGAGUACUACUUCUUUAGUGUGUUGGACAAGAAAUAUGGAAAUGGAGCUAGGAUGAAUAGGGCUACAAGCCAAGGGUACUGGAAAGCCACUGGUAAUGAUCGGCAAGUCCGCCAUGAUACCAGGACUGUUGGCUUAAAGAAAACAUUAGUUUUCCACAGUGGUAGAGCUCCUGAUGGGAAGCGGACCAAUUGGGUUAUGCAUGAGUAUAGGCUUGUAGAUGAAGAACUGGAGAAAGCGGGAGCAGGAACGGGUAGCUCGAAGGAUGCCUAUGUUUUAUGCAGAGUGUUCCACAAAAGUAAUAUAGGACCUCCGAAUGGACACCGAUACGCACCUUUUAUUGAGGAGGAAUGGGAUGACGGUGGGUCAGUUUUGAUUCCCGGAGAAGAGAUUGCAGACGGUGUAGUAGCUAGUCACGAUACACAGUCCGAAAGGAACAGCAAUAGCGUGUGUGCUGCUGAGGAUCGUAAUAACCAUGUAUGCGGCGACGGAAAGGAUGGUAUGCAGGAAAAAACUCAGUUCAUCAAUAAAGAUCUUGUUAUGUCAAAUGAUCCUCCAAGAAACUCCCACAGCUUUUUGUUUAUGUGCAAAAGUGAGGAACUCGAGGAUUAUACUCCACCUUCGAUUAUCGCUAAUCCGAAACCCUUCUCGCUUAUGAAGUAUAAACGAAGAAGGCAAAGCGACUUACCCUCUGAACUUUCAAAAGCUUCAGAAAACUCAUCCAUGUCAAACGAAGAACUCAGUCUAUCUGAAAUUGCCACUGCAUCGCAGACGGAUGUAACGACGAGUAGUGAGAUGACACCAACUACGAAAAACUUUCUUUCUACCUUAGUGGAAUAUUCACUCUUAGAAUCUACAGAACCAAAGGAUUCCCCUGCUCCUCCACCUGCAUUAGAAACCUCAGAUCUUAGUUCAUCUGUGCAUCCAAGCAUCUUGAAAUUCAUCCAAGAUUUGCAACAUGAGAUCCACAAGACUUCUAUGGAGAGGGAGACGCUGAAGUUUGAGCUGUUGAGCGCUCGAGCCAUGAUCAGUAUCCUUCAAUCUCGGAUUGUCGUGCUGAAUAAGGAAAUCAAUGAUUUGAAAUCAAACUGAUUUGAAGUCCAAACUAUGAUUAGUAGUAUUCUUCAAUUCUGGAUCGUCACGCCGAAUACACAGACUGUAACGAUAACGAAGAAAAAUGUCGAGAGCCAAUGGCUAUGCCCUGUAAAUUGUUGCUGCCAUUGUGGUCUCGUGGACGUUAUUGUUGUAAUGUAACUAGCUCAGUUGUCUAAGCAAUUUAGCUAUUUGUUGUAUGAGUAUCAAGUUAGUAAGAACUUCAACCUGUUUAGUGAAAGACCAUGCUAAACUUCUUGAUCUGCUAUGGCUAUAGACCAUUGAUGUUGUAACUUCAGUUUCUCAGCUUGUGGCAUUUCAUGAAAUAAGGUUGUCAUAACUAUUAAUGUGAUCCCCGUAUCUGGUUUCUUUUCCGUUUAAAUUU